GACAGGCAUCAGGAUUAGGAUCAGGUACCGACAGACUAGUUUUGUUCAGUUGUCGGAGUCUCCUCUACUGCCCGCUCUGGCAAUCACAGAGGACUCCUAUGGAGAUCAGUCCUCAGCUGUGGGACAGGACUGCACCCACUCUCCCCUGAAGGCAACCAGCACGGGCUGAAGUCCUGGGAAUACUGCAGAGAGGGAUUUCUUUGGCUUCCUGGAAGAAGCCCUGGGAGACUUUUUAUGAAGUACCCGGAUUUCAGACACAGACUGCCAGACUGUGCAGUUCAAGGAGUGGGGCUGGGACCGGCUUCCUUUGUGGAGCCCUGGAGGAGCAGGGGCCCCAAAACUUGUGCCCCACCUUUACCCUGCCAAGCUCCAACACUGCCCCUGGCCACCUGUGUCUCCUCAAGCGGGAUGAUAAACCUCUAUGCGCCUGGAGGUGGAGCCAGCCCUCUGAGCAGGAUAAAACCCCAAUCGGAGGCGUCUGGUGUGGGCACAGCCUGGGAAUGGCCCUCUGGCUCCUCACUGCCAGCUCCAUGGCCAGCCCUGUGGAUGCAUCGCCAACAGGCCAUGCCAGUGGGUUGGGUCCCCACCGGAGAAAGCGGACCACCUUCAGCAGAGGACAGCUGCUGGAGUUGGAGCGGGUGUUUGCAGCACGGCCCUACCCUGACAUUGGCACCCGUGAGCAUCUGGCCCAGGUCACCUGCCUUCCUGAGGCCAAGAUACAGGUGUGGUUCCAGAACCGGCGGGCCAAGAGAAUCAAGAACAGGAAGCCAGGAGGCCUAAACUCCAGGCCUGAGCCCCCACAGAGACCCCGUUCUCUUUCAGAUGCUCCCCAGCAGUCUCAGCAGCCCCAAACACUAGGCCAGCUUCCACUCUCCAGCAGCACAGCUCAGUGCACCUCAGGGUGUCGACAUGCCUCCUGCCUGGCUCCUGGCUUGGGUCCAGGGCAGGGCUGGGUGGGGGUUAAAGCUGUAGCUCCUUGGGGGCCAGCAGGGGCUUCAGGGGUCCAUCUUUCUUCAGAGCAAACUACUCCCCAGACCUCACUGGGCAGCCUGUCUGAACUCAUCUAUGCCUCGGCCAUUGUCACCAACCUGGACCACUCCUAAUCUAGGUCAGAACUUGCAAACCCCCACCUCUAGCUCCUGUAGCCCACCUGCCCCUUAAGCUGAAACCCAUCACCCUCUUCUUUUACACAAGGGCAUUCUCUUAUGGGGAGAAAGUUUAGUUCAGGGAUUCCUCCCUUCCACUGUCCUCCAGGCCAGCCUAGAAGCGGGACCUAGGGAGUAAAUGGGACCUGGCUCCUGCUUCCCAGCACCCUGCACCUCCUGCGGCAUAUGCCCAUUGUCUUGGCAGGAGCGACCUUCAGAGGGAUGAGGUAUGGGGCCAUGUUUUCCCCCUGUCCUGCCAGGCCCGGCCCCCAACUCUUCUCACCCAAGCAGAAGACACCUCCUCCCUCUAAAGGUAAAUGGGCAGGAAGCUGCCUGUCACCUUCAGGCCAGCACCUCACUGCUAAGUGAGCUAGGGGAGGAGAGUGUGCUGGUUCUCAUUCUAGACUGCAAGGGACCAACCCUUUCACAGUCAAGGGUCUCUCAUGACCUCCUACCACCUGGACAAAUUAAUCAAAACCAUGGAUCUGAAGAAGCGAUAUUAAAGUAAUAAAGUAGAAACAGGAGCUUGUAGCUUACACUGAUUUAAUUUUCAUAAAGAUGAGAUCGGUUGCCCUCUGAUCUGGGGGUGUGGAGAGAACCUGACAGAUUUGAACAGGGUAGGGUGGUGUGUGCACGGCAGCGUUGGGUUUUGCUAUCACUGUCAUCUGUAAUACCAACUAAGCUCCAAAUAAAACCCAAACUCUGUACCUUAA